CUUGCUUUGGUGGGGUGGAUAACCCAAGUUGUAGACUGAGCUUUCAACGCUUUUACAUUGCAUGUUUGAUUAAAUAUCUGAUGUGGGUUAUUGGAAGGUGAUUGAUUAAGAACCGACUUUGGAUCUUAUAUGAUACUUCUAGAAUUUGAAGAUUGAUUUUGGUGUCUGAGGUGGCUGGAAAUUCAGUUAGAGAAUUUGAUUUUGAUUUGGGUGGAAAAGCCCACCUAGAAAUUCAAGCUCUCUUGAGCUUUUUGGGGUAAUUCACUGAUUUACGAGUCUGGUUCCUAGGCGUCGAUCCCAUAUAAAAAACAGAAGUGGGGUUGUUGCAAAUUAUGUGGGAAAUUUCUCACAGCCAGAGCUUUGAAGCCUAGAACUUUGUUUUUUUGGCUGUUUAGAGUAGAUCUGCUUGGAAAGGUUUGUUUUUUUUUGCUGUCUAGAGUAGAUCUGCUUGGAAAGGCUUGUGCUUUUGGUGAACUUUUAUUGUCGGUACUGAAUAUUGUUUGCUGAAGAAAGGGAAGAAGAUGGUUGGAACUACUGGUGGAGUAACCCAGAAUGUUCACUCAAAUGGAUUGAUGCAGAAUUCAAAUGGUUCAGUUGAGGAGAAGCUUGAUGAAAUCCGUCGACUUAUGGGUAAAGGUGAAGGUGAUCCACUCAAGAUAGUUGGAGUAGGUGCAGGUGCUUGGGGCAGUGUUUUCACUGCCAUGCUACAAGAUAGUUAUGGUCACUUGAGAGAAAAGGUUUUGAUAAGAAUAUGGAGAAGACCUGGAAGAUCUAUUGAUAAAGCCACCGCUGAACAUUUAUUUGAAGUGAUUAAUUCGAGGGAAGAUGUGUUGAGGAGAUUGAUUAGGCGGUGUGCCUAUCUGAAGUAUGUUGAGGCAAGGCUAGGUGAUCGAACACUCAAUGCAGAUGAGAUAUUGAAAGAUGGAUUCUGUUCGAAUAUGAUUGACACCCCUCUUUGUCCUUUGAAGGUUGUGACCAACUUACAGGAGGCUGUGUGGGAUGCUGAUAUUUUGAUAAAUGGAUUGCCCUCAACAGAAACUCGUGUGGUGUUUGAGGAAAUUAACAGGUAUUGGAAAGAGAGAAUAACAAUGCCAGUCAUAAUUUCUCUGUCAAAAGGUGUAGAGGCUGAAUUGGCGCCUGAACCACGGAUAAUUACUCCAACUCAAUUGAUCAAUCGAGCAACUGGAGUUCCAAUGGAGAACAUUCUGUACCUUGGAGGACCCAAUAUAGCUUCAGAGAUUUACAACAUGGAAUAUGCUAAUGCUCGAAUAUGUGGAGCUGAAAAGUGGAGGAAACCAUUGGCUAGGUUUUUGAGGCAGCCCCACUUUAUAGUGUGGGACAAUGGUGACCUAGUUACUCAUGAAGUAAUGGGUGGCUUGAAGAAUGUCUAUGCCAUCGGUGCUGGAAUGGUAGCAGCGUUAACCAAUGAGAGUGCCACCAGCAAAUCAGUGUACUUUGCUCACUGUACAUCAGAGAUGAUAUUUAUCACACAUCUUUUGGCAGAAGAACCAGAAAAGCUUGCAGGACCAUUGCUUGCUGACACAUAUGUUACCCUAUUGAAAGGUCGUAAUGCAUGGUAUGGGCAAAAGUUGGCCAAAGGAGAGUUGAGCCUUGAAAUGGGUGACAGCAUCAAGGGCAAGGGUAUGAUUCAGGGGGUGUCUGCUGUGAAAGCAUUUUUUGAGCUGCUAAGUCAAUCAUCAUUGAGUGUUCUACAUCCUGAAGAAAACAAGCCCGUUGCUCCAGUUGAGCUCUGUCCUAUAUUGAAGAUGCUAUAUAGAAUACUUAUAACUAGGGAGUUUUCAUCACAAGCCAUUCUUCAAGCAUUGCGUGAUGAAACGAUGAAUGACCCCCGAGAUCGUAUCGCGAUUGCACAAACCCAUGUUUUUUACAGGCCAUCACUUCUUGGUCAGCAAUCUUGAUGCCAUUGCCAUUUGCCAUUUUCCAUUUGCCAUCAUCAUCAUCUCUCCCUGUUGCUUGUAAUUAUUUGUUCUUUUGACAUUUUUACUUCAAAUAGCUAGUUAGUGUAGCAGGUUCUUCAGUUAGUGCUAGCGGUUGUCUGGACACCUGAUGGAGUUGAUUCAUGGAAUAAUGUUUUUUUUUUUUUUUUUUUUUAAAGAUCCUUAAAUUUUGUAAAUGUGUUGUUUGUGAAAAUGAAGUGUUGAAAUUUUGCCUUU